CAAACACAUCUAAACCAAAUCGCUAGAUUCCUUUCUUUCCAUGCACACUCAUCAAAUCAAUCAACACAAACAUUCCCUCAAAAAAUUCUCUUUAUCCCAAUUACAAAAUCCAACAACAAACAAACUACAAUCUUCACUUUCAUCACCGCCACCACCACUGCCACUGCCACCGCCACCACCGCAGAAAAGAAAAAGAAAAAAGAAAAAAAGAUGUGGUCCGAAGGCCGAGUUCCUGCCCAUCCCACGGCGGAGGAGCGGCCCAUGAAGCGGCACCACACGGCCCGCUACUACGUCCACCGCGUGAAGGAGAGCCUCACCACCCGCGUCUCGAAGCUCAUCUGCGCCGUCGUCUUAGGCCUCCUCUUCCUCAUCGGCAUCAUCUCCUUCAUCCUGUGGCUCAGCCUCCGCCCCCACCGCCCCCGCUUCUUCGUCGAGGGCUUCUCCAUCCCGGCCGGAAACUCCUUCAUAUUCUACAACGUCACGGCCCGGAACUCGAACCAGAACAUCGGCGUCUACUACGACUCGGUGGAGGUGGCGGUGUUCUACCAGGACGACCAGAGGCUGGGCGGCGCGCAGGUGCUCUAUCCGUUCUACCAGGAGCCGAAGAACACGACGGUGAUCGCCGGAGCGCUGGGCGGCGCCGCCCUGAACGCGACCGGCCGGGCGUGGGAGCAGAUCGCUGCGGACCGGGCGCGAGGGGAAGCGGUUUUCACGGUUCAGAUCACGUCGGUUAUCCGGUUCAAGAUCUCGAGUUGGGACAGCAAGCGGCAUAGGAUGCAUGCGAAUUGUCCGGUUCGUGUUGGACCGGACGGUUCGAUAUUGCGGAGUUACAGUGACAAGAGAUGUCCGGUUUACUUCAACUAGUAUUGGACUAGUGUAAUGUUCUCCGCUUUUUUCAAUUCGGAUUUUGAAUUAUUGUUGUUAUUGUUGUUUUGUUUUGGGUUACUGGAUUCAAUUUAAAAUGUAUUCAUAGUAAUUAAUUUGUGUUGUCAAGUAGGGACAUAUUUAUUGUACGUACAUCUUAAAUUUCUAGGUAUUUGUUAAUUUAAAGGUAUAAGUAUAGUUUGUGUCUUCAAUUU